AUGGCCCCGCACCGCUUGCUCGCAUCCCUCCUCAGCUCGGCUGCCCUGGCCCUGCUGCUCGGCCCGGCCUCCUCGCUUGCUGCUGCCGACUGCACGGGCGUCUCGGCCCUCAGCCCCAGCUGCUCCUCCAGCCAGGCCCAGCACGCAAGGGAUGUCUUCUAUGUCGGCGGUCGCUAUUAUGGGGAUGAUGCCACGGGGAGCCGCAUCACCGACCAGCUGUACGUCGAGAAGCUGACGCCGCCUGCUGUCACCCAGCCCAGGCCCGUCGUCUUCUUCCAUGGCGGUGGCGGCAGCGGUGUCACGUGGCUCAACACCCCAGACAACAGGAAGGGCUUUGUCUACAUCGUCGACCAGACCGGCGUCGGCCGCACCACCCAGACCGACCUGGCCACUUAUCCGCUGUCCUCCAGCACCUCGGCCGAGAACACCGAGAAGUCCUUCUCGGGGCCCCAGCACUUCCCAGACCUCUACCCGCAGGCCGUCCUGCACACCCAGUUCCCCGGCACCGGCCUGCGGGGCGACGUCGUCUUUGACCAGUUCCAGCGCUCCGUGCUUCCCUACUCCACAAACUCCUCUGGCGUCCAGCAGGUCAUGAGGGCCGCCGGCUGCGAGCUGCUGUCCAUCAUCGGCGGCCAGUCCUACCUCGUCUCCCACUCCGCCGGCGCCCUGUACCCCAUCCUCAUGUCCAACGACUGCGGCCACCUCAUCGCCGCCAACAUCAACCUCGAGUCGGCCACCACCCCCUUCUUCUUCCCCAGCACCGGCCCCGCCAGCGACGGCUCCCUCUCGGGCUCCUUCACCCGCGCCUGGGGCCUGUCCGACGUGCCCAUCGACUACGACCCGCCCAUCUCGGACCCCUCAGAGCUGACCCAGGUCGAGGUCGGCAACGACACCCUGGCCCACCGCUCCUGCCACCUCCAGGCCGAGCCCGCCCGCCAGCUGCCCAAGAUCAGCGCCGUCAGGUACCUGCUCGUCACCAGCGAGGCCUCGGUCCACGUCACCUACGACCACUGCACCGUCCAGUACCUGGAGCAGGUCGGCGGCUCCCCGGAGUGGAUCAAGCUGGCCGACAUCGGCAUCCACGGCAACGGCCACUUCAUGCACCUCGAGCUGAACAACCUCGAGAUCGCCGCCGUCGUGCACGACUGGAUCCGCGCUGCCGACAAGAAUGCCACCACCCUGGCCCGCAGGUGGGAGUCGUGA